AUGGCUUUUUUCAAACGAACAUUCCAGACCGUCAAGGAGGCAGUUGGCACGAGUAAAAAGACUGACGACACUAACGUAAAUGCAUUAAGAUUGGAGAUAACAAAUUUGCUCAAAAAGCUUCGUAAAGUGAAUCAAUCAUAUGUCAAAUUACCGGACACAAUCCGUUCGUCGACCGUUUCACAUAUGCAAGCAAUGAAAGAUAUGACGGACGUACUUGGGGAAGGGAGUUGCAGUUCAACAUGUUACUCAGUGUUUGAAGAAAUAGACAUGAAAGGCCAUCAAUAUGGUCUAAAGAUUAAAGAUGAGGUCUUGACGCCUCUUUCGCGAUUAAUCGAUAUGUGCAUUGUCCUCGACAAACGUUUUAAAGUGCUUACCGAGCGAAGACUGGACAUGGACGCCGCCCACGACAAAUUUGAGUCAAUAGCCAAAAGACCGCCCAACAAGCAAAGUGGGUUAGUCGAAGUAGAACAGUCGUACAACGACUUCAAAGACUUCUAUGAGUAUUUAAGAGACGAAAUUCUUGACGAUGGUGCAAAGUUUGUAGAGGAAGUGAAGAAGCAACUUCCACAAAUAUGCGCCAACUGUAUGAGAAGUUAUACAGACUAUAUUAAUGAUACCAAUGAGAUCUGGGCAAAGGUACCUAAUCUCAUCUCAGCAAUAGCUGUCGUCGAUUUACACACCGAACUUCCAGUCACUCCAAAUGAACAGUCUUGUGUCAUUCUUGAGAAUGUUAGAAGUAAAAGGGGAAGCGACGUUUCCAAUGGCACUAUUAAACAGAACACUGACUACUUCCCAACAACUCAACAACCAGCCGCAAGCAUUCCACAACAACAAGGGUUCGACCAGCCACAACAAUCAGUGCCUUUACCACCUCAAGACAAACCAACGCCAGUGAGUAGUGUGGUCACUGCUUUAUACGAUUACACCGCUGCGGAAGAAGGAGAAUUGACAUUUAAAGAAGGUGACGUCAUAGAAGUACUUGAGAGAGAUGGCGAUUGGUGGAAAGGAAAAACCAAAUCUGGUGUUACUGGUAUAUUCCCAUCCAAUUACGUACAGUAA